GGUAACGCCCCCCACCUUGACGUCACUCCCUCGCCACUGCUAUGUCACUGUGACGUCACUCGCAUCACCUUCGUCGUCGAGAGAGACGCACAGCAGCUCGCAGGCAACGAUGGCGGAUCCCGAGGAGCUACUUAGCCUCUUUUAGAAAAUGUUGUUCCACUUCUUCAGCGCUGGAGGAGGAGAAGACCGAGAUGUCGUCGGAAAUCCCUGCGACAGCUGCCCUUGCGAACUGCCCCCUACCGCCAACUCGAAGGGCCUCGACGCGCUGAUGGCCGCGAUGGUCACGUUCACGGCGGCGUCCGUGAUAUUCUUGGCCAUCCUCUUUGUCUAUGCCCGCAACAGCUACAGAUACGAACGACGGGAGAAUGCGGAGCUCCUUCUGCUGGUGGAAAUGAAGCGUCGCCAGCUCAAGGAACUGAAGACCCAGACGACCUUCCUGAAGAAAGCCACGGCCAUGGUGUCCACCAACACGACCACUAUCGCCAAUGCCACCCCAGCUGCCACAUGCAGUAUUGCCACUGCCCCUGAGGUUGCUGCUGGGAGGAUCAUCGCAACCAACACCAACAACACCACCACCCUGGCUGCUGCUGCUGACACGUCAUUUACACCCACCAACACACCGGCUGGAGUUGGUAGAUCUAGUGCCACAUCGGCGGCUGCUGCCGGCAGCUCCAAAGCCGCCACCACAACCUCGGCUGCUCCUGGCAGCUCCAAAGCCGCCACCACAACCUCACAUGCUCCUGGCAGCUCCCUCGCCGCCACUUCCACCAACCCAACUGAUGCCAGGAGAUGCAACGCUGCCACCACGGCUGCUCCUGGCUGCUCCCUCGCCGACACCACUGCCACCCCGGCUGCUGCCGGGAGAUGCAAUGCUGGCACCCCGACUGUGGCCAGGAGUUCCACCACAAUCGACAUGGGUGCCACCACACCCCCCAGCCAUCGAAAAAACCAAGUUUCACAAAUUCCGUAA